AUUUUCAAUAACAAUACGAUUGUUCGCAGUAUCAUUUUGACAACACUUGAUAAUUUCAUCAGUGAGUGCGUCCCGAUUUGUUUGGUAACUUUGUUCUUUAAAACAGGAACUAUUCUUCAUUGCAUCUUGUUUAAUUGGGAUAAAAUAGAGGAAUAAUAUUUUCAAGAAAAAAUAAAAUAAAAUAAAACAGUCACACUAUGGGUUGGUUUCAUCGGCACCAUAAAAAGAAAUAUGAUCAAUAUGAGACCUGUGGAACUCAUACACCUACAAAGUCAAUUCUUCGAUCAAGUUCUCGUGUUAAUUCAUUAGAGAGUAAAACUUUUAGUUCCGAUAAUGUAACUAGUAUGUCUCUAGUGAAUCUUCGAUCUUCACCUCCAGAUGUCAGGCGUAGAUUUGAGUCGACCGAUCGAUCAUCCCAUUUAAAUGGUAGUGACCAAUCCGAUAGUGAAAAUGAUCAACAUUUAAAUCGUGGUCAUCGAAGUGUUUUAUUUCUUGAUCAAGUUGCAGCACCCGAUCGAUAUCGUACAUCAAGAGUCAUCGAUUUCGAUUCAGAACAAAGUAAUUAUUCCACGUUUAGUCAUAGAUCACCGCCAUUUUCUCGAACUAUCAGUCCAUCGUCAUCAUCAUCGUUGGCAUCUUAUCCAGCUAAUUACGAACCAUCACCAUUGAUAAGGAAGAAGAAUUUUCGAUGAUCCAGGUAUUGAGUUGGUCAGUUGUAGUCCACUUUCAUGUUCAUCAGGG